GAAGCAGUUGUUAGGUAACUUUAUGCAAUCGACACAUAACAGCCAGUGUUUUGCUUGCUAUAUAGAGCUCCAUUCUCAGUACCAGACGAGGAGAAACAUUAGCACACGCAACUCGUCCGUAACUCAAUCAGUGUUACUAAAAUUUAAUAAUAAAUAGCUACUUAAUUAGUAAUAAUACAUAUACACCUAAUAUUGGUUGUGUUACAAAAAUGUUACGCUAUACCGUUUUCAAAUUCACUCUAUUAUUGUCAGUUUGUUAUGGCUACAUAGAUAUUGGAAAAUAUCUUAAAGUUUGCGAUAGAAAUUCGGCCGAUGUAAACGACUGUAUAGCUGAAGCAGUACAGAAUGGACUGGCUGUAUUGGCGGAUGGAAUCACAGAGUUGGGAGUACCACCCGUAGAUCCAUAUAGACAAAAAGACUUGCAUGCCGAAUAUAAUAACAACCAGAUUACAGCUAAAAUGGAUAUGAAAGAUAUAUAUGUACAUGGGUUGAAAUCGUCUGAAAUUAAAGAUGCCAGAUUACGUGCUGAUGAUGACCAAUUUUACUUGGAAGUUGAUCUUACUACACCAAAAGUGUUUGUGACCGGUCAAUACCAAGGCGAAGGACGCUAUAAUUCGUUGAAGAUUGCCGCCAAAGGGUCUUUCAAUAGCACCAUGACUGAUUUGGUAUAUACCUGGAAAUUAGAGGGCGUCCCUGAGAAAAAAGACAACGAGACAUAUAUGCGAAUAAAGUCUUUCUAUAUGAGGCCAGAUGUCGGAAAUAUGGUGUCAUAUUUAUCAAAUGAUAACCCUGAGAGCCGAGAACUAGUUGAUAUAGGAAACAGAUUCAUCAAUAGCAACAAUAAUUGGAGAUUGAUGUAUCGAGAGUUAUUGCCGUUGGCACAAGCCAACUGGAACAAAAUUGGAGUUCGAAUUGCAAACAAAAUAUUUCUGAAAAUACCUUACAAUCAAUUAUUUCCUGCCUUAUCGUGAUUGUAAUUACUAAUUUCAUAUUUUUUGUACAUACAUUUGUAUUUUGGCACACAUUAAUGUAGAUAAUUCUCGCUCCUGUUAUACCCACUUAAAUUAGUCGAUUGUUCUAUAAAUACAAAAUUAAAGAAAUAUGUGAUUAAUGAUUUGUCUGUGAUACCAAAAAUACAAAGAUUAAAGAAGGAACGAAAAACGCCGCGUUAUUUUGCAAACACAUAGUACUUAUUUGUUAGGUACAUAGACAAUAAUUAGCCCGUAUAUAAAAUAGGGCCUAUUUUGGAUGGAAUAUCAAAUUGAUUAUUGAUUUACUGUGUAGAUAGCGUAAAAUAAGUAUAAGGUAAUGGGAUUAAUUAAGUUAGUUAGUAUCUAUAAGGUAAAAUCUACAUUUUUUGUAGAUAUUUAUUAAGUACUCAUGGCAUUGGACUAUUUGUUAUUAUAAGUUUAUUAUUUGUUAUAACUAUUUAAUCUAUCAUACUUAAUUAAGAAUGUAUUAUAUUUUUCAAAGAAAAAUAACUUUUAUAUUUGCUUAUAUAAUGACAUUAUAAGGCGCUAUUGUUAUGAAAUUUGUUACAUAAAAAAUUAUAAUGAUUUUUUAUUUUUAUUUAGAAUAGUACCUAUAUAAAGCGGCAAAUUAUAGAGUCAGUUUUAUGUGCCUGGCACUUCUGGACAAAUUUUUGACUGCGCCCAUCUGAUGAUGAAAAAAAUUCACCGGGAAUCCACGUUUCAUUCCAAAGUCAGAUUUAAAGCGAUUCUUUAUUAAUUUUAGUAUCUCUCUUACAUAAGGGCCCUUUUUUAAAGAACUUAUUGUAAAUUGUUGGCUAAAUGGUGUAUUGAUGAUGAUGAUGAGUGGUGCUGUGAGCUCAAAUAUAUACUUUAUGAGUCAA